GACGUCACUCCUGGCUGAUCGUGAAAAGGAGGUUGUUGUUUGUUGAUCUGCUGCGGAGUUCACUACCGUUGCAUCGUUUAUUUAUUUAUUUUAGACUUAACGUUUAAAAGACACCUAAAGGAACAAAGACAGAAAGAAAGUUCAACAUAAAUUAACGUUAAAUCGUGUUUAUAAUCCGCUGCAUCAAGCGAAAAGAGCCCGGAAACGGCAAACAUGAAAUGGAUGUUCAAAGAGGAUCACUCCUUGGAACAUCGAUGCAUAGAGUCAGCCAAAAUCCGCAACAAGUACCCUGACAGGGUUCCGGUGAUUGUGGAGAAAGUGUCUGGAUCACAGAUCGUGGACAUUGACAAGAGGAAGUACCUGGUCCCCUCUGACAUCACAGUGGCUCAGUUCAUGUGGAUCAUCAGGAAACGCAUCCAGCUGCCCUCAGAGAAGGCCAUCUUCCUGUUUGUGGACAAAACAGUGCCUCAGUCCAGCAUCACGAUGGGGCAGCUGUACGAGAAGGAGAAGGACGAGGACGGCUUUUUAUAUGUGGCUUACAGCGGGGAGAACACCUUUGGUUUUUAAGUCAAGAAGCCAUGACCGUGACCGGCCUUACCUGCGAUGCCGCGCGGCCACACUGACACCCAGCCACAUCUAAUCAUCAUCAACAGAGCAACCAAACCCCCCCCACCACCACCCCACCCACCCAACUUUACCCCUGGAGACACCCAAGGGAAGCCCCAGAGAGAUUCAGUGACAUGAACGCAACAGAAGGAUGGACUGACUGCUUUCUCCUGACUGGAUGAAAAAAAAAAACAUACACAAUCUGUGUGUUUGUUCUGGCCCAUGUUGCACCAGUUCUUCAUAGCUCCAUAGAUUCAGUUGUGUAUAGCGUGUUACAUUCAUUUGUUUGAUGUUGUGAUUUGAGUGUUUUAGGAGGAACCUUGAUUUGUUUUUGUUUUUUUCACAUUUUAAAGGAUAUGUGUGAAUGAGUUUUGCUUUUAGUUAUGCUUUUCCUCUUUGAAGACAAUAUUUAAAAGAAUUUUAAUUUAAUUAUUUGAAGGUAAGGUAGCUGGAUGACCUAACCAAUAAAAAGAUAAAAAUUAAA